AUGCAGUUACAGUCGAGUGAAAACGUUACGAAAUUUUUCGCACAAUCUGCCACCCCAGUCAUCUACGACAUCAAGGAAUGCUUUCUUUUUGACCUGAACUUUGCUUCAGCUAAAUAUCUCUUCGUCACCCACAUUCUAACCACCAUUGUGAACUUCGUCUUCUCUGCGUCAGCGAUUGGUGGGAAUUCCAUCGUGAUCUUCAGUGUUUGGAAAACGCCCUCACUUCAAACGCCAUCGAACGUUUUUAUAUGCUGCCUCGCCUUUAGUGAUUUAGCAGUUGGCUUGUUGACUCAGCCAUGUUUUGUUGUUCAUAAGGUCGGUGAAAUGUUCCAUCGCGUCGAAAUGUAUUGCACCACCAGAAUGCUACUCGAGUCACUGGGAAAUAUUACAACAGGAACUUCAGUACUCACAAUGACGGGAAUAGCCGCGGAAAGAUGGCUUGCUUUGUAUUUCCAUUUGCGUUACAACAGAGUAUUAACCUGUACUCGAGUCCUUUCCGCAGUGGCAUGUUUCUGGGGCGUUUUUGUCGUCUUCGCCGUACUCCGGGUUUCUGUUUUGCGCCCAGAGGCGUACACCGCCAUCUUAACCACCGUAAUUGCACUUUGUUUUCUCUCUAUUUGCCUGGCCUACAUUAAAAUCUUGCGAUGUGUUAAACGACAUGAGCGUCAAAUUCAAGCAGUACAAACGGAGGUCAAGAGAUCUGGUCGACAAAUCGAGCAAACCGCGAGUCGCUUGAGAAAUAUUCUACGCUACAAGAAGUCAACAAUUGCCAUGAUUGUCGUCGUUGGUUUUUUCACGGCUUGUUUUGCGCCUCUCAUGUGCGUUAUACUUGCCUACAAGAUGUUGGGAUACACCACUCCGGUGAAAACGGCCUUUAUGUACGCAUCAACGAUAGCCUUUCUAAACAGCUCAUUGAAUCCUCUGGUAUAUUGUUGGAGAAUACGAACUUUGAGAACCGCCAUUAAAACGGUUUUAGGAGAAAGAAUGCGUAGAAAAGGAAUCUAACCUCCAGGUAACUAAGAUGCGCUUAGCGUUCAGAUCAGCACCGCAAAGAUUUUAAUGAGAUCCUUAGGUAAAGGUGCAGUACUAAUGAUGUGUUCGUUUCAAAAUAGAAUCAUGCCAUUUUAUUUCCGCGAUGAAAAACGUAAACAUAAAAAUUUUUCUGCUCCGUUUAUAGCGAGUAUAUUCACUUGACAGGUAUCAGUGAGAAUAAUCUAGUAUAUUAUGAAAUGUUCAGAGAAAUGCGCGCGCCAUGAUUGGUCAGAACGAGUUCAUUAUAUUUCCAUAAAGCACGCGCCUUACGUCACACGAGUGCAUUGUUGAGAUAUAAUGUUCGCAGCCUACGUCAUCGGUAUGAGCGCGCGUAAUUCACGAUACAUUUUAUAAAAGAAAUAAAAAACUUGUUCCUCGAGCAUUGUUGAGUUAUGUAAGCACCUUCGGCUCGUGCUCCGCAUUUCUCUCGUGUUCUUAAAAAUUCCCGCGUGCUUCUAUAACUCAACAAUACACUCGGCGCGUUUUUUAUUCCUUUACUGUAAAAUUAUCUAAGAUCAUGAACUCGACAUGCUUCAUAAUUCUUUGUUUGUUUGUUUUUUUUUAUAGAAACUUCUAGUCCUGACAUAGUAAUCUGUCCUAUAAUAUGGGUGUCAAAUCCUCUAGACUGA